AUGUUUUUCAUUGGAAUAUCUAUAGCAGCCGAAGUAGAAGCCUCAUUGGCAUUAAAGUCGUUGGUUGUUAUGGUGGCUGGGGUGGUGGCACAGCCUCAGGAAGAGGCUGCACAAUGGCCUGAGAGGCCAUUAAUGUUGAUGGCUAUUAAGAUAGUAGUUGGAGGGCAUACCUUAAACGCGGUUAGUGCUUACGCACCACAAGGGGCCCCAGAUGAGGAGAUCAAAAGGCGAUUCUGGGAGGAUUUGGACGAGGUUAUGCAUGGUAUUCCGCACUCAGACAAUAUUUUUCUUGGAGGUGAUUUCAAUGGCCACAUCGGGACGACUGCUAGGGGUUAUGAUAAUGUGCAUGGAGGCUUCAGGAUUGAUGAUAGGAAUAGGAACCUAGUGGAGAGCAAAGACGAGGAGAAGAAGAGGACUAAUAGGGAGCAUUAUAAGAAGAGGGGGAAAGAGGUGAAGUUAGCGGUUACGACGGCUAAGACUGUUGCGUUCAGAUGCUUAUAUGACGAACUUUGGGAAAAAGGCGGGGACAAGAAGCUAUACAGGAUAACCAAAGCGAGGGAGAGGAAGGCUCAUGACCUGGACCAAGUGAAUUGUAUCAAAGACAAGGAAGACGAAGUUUUGGUGGAAGAUGCCCAUAUUAGACGAAGAUGGCAAACGUCCUUUCAUAAACUCUUGAACGAAGAGAGGGAUCGGAACAUCCUACUAAGAGAAUGGAAGCACUCCGAGAGUCGCCGUGAUUUUGGGUACUAUAGGCGGGUCAAGGUUGAGGAGGUCAAGGGGGUUAUGCAUAUCAUGAGCAAGGGAACAGCGACCGGGUUAAAUGAAAUCCAGGUGGAAUUUUGGAAUAAUAUGGGCAGGGUAGGCUUGAAGUGGCUUACGCGGUUGUUGAAUGUUACUUUUAGGAUGUCAAAGAUACCUGAAGAGUGGGGAUGGAGCACCAUGAAAGAAAGUUUCAAGUACCUAGAUCGAUCAUCCAAGGGAAUGGUGAAAUUGAUUACUAUCUCACCCAUCGUAUUAAAGCGGGAUGGAUGA